AUGCCCCCCAACCGCCAAGCCCACCCACGCGCCGGGAUCGUGAGCGCUGUUCCCUGCCCGCAGGGGUCGCAGCACCGCUCUCCACAGCCCGCCACCAAAGAGCGCACUGGAGGCGGAGGAGUUAGCAGCCACCAGCACGCUCCCCGCCUCCCCGACAGAGCCUCGGUCAGCAUGGGGGUGACAGGUGCCAAUGGAUUUCCCUGCUGUGACAAGGAGUCGGUGGACAUUGUGGAUACACAGGGUGGCAUAAACCAAAACCAGUUCCAACCAAUACAAGAGGAAGAUGACAUGGAGCUGGAGAAAGAAUUGCUAGAGCUGGAGUCCCCAGACAAAAAGGUCCUGCGCCUAGACCCAGAACUGGAGCCGGAACGGAAGCUCAAGCCUUUCCCGAAGCCAGAGAUGCGCCCGGUUGUCAUGCUUAAGCCCGAGGCCAAGCUGGACACAGGGCCCAGGAUGAAGGUGAUUAACUUGGACCCCUUCAGUGAAGACCCUGAGCCGCAGGGGUAUAAGACAGAGUCACUCCACCCCUACGUGGAAGGGCUAAUGCAGCAGGACAUCAGCCGAUGGAGUAUGAGGUCAAACUCCAGCUACCUGAGUACCACAGAGGAGGACCCAGUAACCACCGACCACCACUCCAUCUGUGCGCAGACCUCCAGACACCUCUUCUGGGCAGACAAGUUCGUCCAGGCCUCAGAACACAGCCUGCAACAGGCAAUCAGCAUGCAGCCCAUCAAGGAGAGCACAAAAGAGACCGCCUGCCACCCAGACCAGCCAUCGGCCCCCAAGGACACUGUGUGCUCCAAGAAGCAGAGCCAGGCCCCCAGUGCCCAGCCAGCUCUUCCAGACAAAGUCUCCCAGCAGCCUCCAAGCCCCCAGCCGUCCCCCUCCCCACAAACCAUCAGCCUGGCAGAGCUGAUCAGCUUCGCAUCUUCCCUGGCCAUGGCCUCCUGCAGCAGGAUGGACUUGCCCAAUUUGGGGCAUGUGAUCAAAGCCCCACUCCAGAUGGCCAUGACGCCUUCCACAGAGCCCACUGUGGAUCACACUGCCCAGCCCACCGUGGACGAGCCAGAGCAGGAAAACCUCACUCAGGAUGCGCUAGAGAAGCCACCAGAGGAGCCACUAGAAACCAGGGAGCCGCAGGAUGCUUCAAAGCAGGAAGACAAGCGCUUCCCUCACCCUUACACUGCUUUCAGCAAGCCAGGGUUCAAGAGGGCCACCAUUGAAGGGGAGGUGAAGCUUAUCCAGCCCCCAGACAUGUCCCCUCAGCCGCAAGGAGCAGGGAAAGAGUAAGUGAGGCUGGCCCAAAGAGGGAGUCCAUUAUUGCUGAAAAUCCAUUUUAAGGUGUCAUCCCCCACUUCCCCAGAGAAGACUAGACAAAACCAGUAA